GUGUUUAGAAACUUUAAUGCCAGUAUUUGUAGAGUGACUGCAGACAUAACUGAAGAUAAUCUGGUUAACCAAUGGAGUCUUCUGAAGAAAAUUGUCACAAAAAAGUAUGGAGGGAAGAUGUCUUCUCUCUCUUGGAAGACUGUACUACAGGAAAACUGCGACUUUCAACAGAUAGCGCUUGUCAUAGAUGUAAUGUUAACCAUUCCCUCCACAAGUGUGAAGUGUGAAACAGCCUUCUCCCAACUGAAACUUUUAAAAACCUGUAGACGGUCAAAGCUUGGGACUUCUGUUCUAAAUGACUUGAUGAUUGUCAAGUUACAAUCUCCAUCAAUAGCAAACUUUGACCCAGAAGAUGCUAUUGAAAAAUGGCUGGCUGCAUCAGUAAUGGGACGGCGUACAACUUAUAUCAGAAGGCCCAAAUCUACACCCGUCACUACCACAGUGGUCACUGACAGUGAGGCCCUCAGUGAGAAUAAUGCAACUGACACUGAAGAAAUUGUACCAGUACCCAGUUAUGAUAUAGAUACUGCAGAAUCAAGACCAUCCGUUUCCACUUACUCUAUUGACAUGCUGUGUGAUAAGGACUCUGAUUAUGAUGAUGAUGAUUUUGAUCAUGAAUCAGAAUGUUUUGAUUUUCAGACAGAGUCAAUCAAUUUUGAUAAACUGAUGUUUUAUCUAAGGGAAUAAAAUGGCUUCAAAUCUUUAAAAGUUGUUAUGUCUUUAAAAAAAACACAAAGGUAUUACCAUAUACAUAUAUUUGGAUUUUUUUUUCGGUCAGACAAAAGUUCUUUCGGUCAGACAAGAAUUGAAAGUUUGUCUGACCGAAUGUCAGGCAAAUUUUUCAGCAGUUUCGCGAAGCCUGU